GUCUCUUCUUCUGCGAUGUUUCUAUUUUGCCGAGGAACAGAAACAGACUGUCUGUGGAGCUAGAUCCACGCGUGUUUACGAUAUACGUGCUAUGUAUACGAGAAUUGUUAUGUGGUGAGGAAGGCUGUAGUGUUUUUUUUCUUGGAGAAACUUCCAAUCGAGAAUUCGUUAUUGAUUGUUCGUGUCUCGCGAGAGAGCGCGAAAUUUUGUCGAUACUCUUGGGAGGGUGGAUUCUAUUAGGGUUGGUGGAGCUCGAUGGCAGCGAAAGUAGACGGAAAAUGUAGUUUUCUUGUACAGUUGAAGGGAAAAACAACAGGUGCGGUUCGCGACCAUCGAAAAUUUCACAGUGAAAAGUGUGGCCGUUUCCUUCCAUACCUCUGUUCAACGGCGUAAAAUGAACGAAUGAUCGACGAACGACGGUGACACCUAAUCCGCGAUGAGGCCGAAAUCGUGUUCCCUGUUCCUGUUGUUCUGCGUGCUGAUGCCGGGAUUGGUAUGCCCCUUCACAUCCGGCGAAGAAGGAGAGGAUGCCGCAGAAGACGAGGAUUCCUAUCUCUUAGAAGAGGACGAUGUGCCUUCGGCGACGAUAGCCACUGACACAGAGCUGAUCUCUGAAGCAGGCGGUCAUCUACCCGUGUUCCUCACGGAGCCGGUCGAUUCCUUCGUGGUGAAGAACAAACCAGCCACGUUACAUUGCAAGGCCGCGCACGCGUUGCAGAUCUAUUUCCGGUGCAACGACGCGAGGGCUGAGGAUUCUCAGCAACAGGACUUCGUGGACCCGCACACGGGUACCAGGAUAGUCGAUUGCGAGUUGAACGUAACGAGAGAUCAUAUCGAAGAAUAUUUCGGCAGAGACAAGUUCAAAUGCGAAUGUAUCGCCUGGUCUGGUUCGGGACAGAUUAAGAGCCAACCUGCGACCGUUGAUGUCGCUUACCUGAAGAAGCAAUUCGAGUCCCCACCGUACUCGGUAUCGGUGGAGGCGGGCCAGAGCACCGAACUCAGGUGUCUUCCUCCUGUGGGAGUGCCACCGCCGAGGGUGUACUGGCUGAGAAAUAACGUUCCCGUCGACACAGAAUCGGACACGCUUUUAGUGUCCAGCGAGGGACACCUUCUUGUUGGCCAAGCGAAACUCAGCCAUCAGGCGAAUUACACUUGCGUCGCGGAGAACAUCGCGGCGAAGAGGCUCAGCGAACCGGUCAGCUUGACAGUUUACGUGAAGGGAGGAUGGUCGGCAUGGUCCGCGUGGUCGGAAUGCCACUCGAGGUGCGCGAAAGGGGGUCAAAAGCGAACACGAACGUGCACGAAUCCGGCCCCCAUGAACGGUGGCCAAACCUGCAUGGGUCCAUCUACGCAGAAGAUGGACUGCAACAUCGCCUGUCCGGCCGGAACUAUGGAGGAGUUCACCAAUACUCUAGAUGGCAAUACAAAAAUGGGCGGCGCGCAUUUGACCGAGGAAGAGUUCUUCCUGGAGAGGAAUUUUUAUGCGAACCGGCAGAUGGACGUGGCUCUCUACGUCGGCUUGACUGUCGCGUGUGUGGUAAUCGGCGGCCUGGCAUUUUUCUUAGCGAAACUUCUGAGGCGCAAAGGUCGGGACCAUUCCCUUUACUCCAUGGCCCGUAACGAAUUCCAGCCGGAGUUCUUCCCGGACCAGGACAAGAAGCUGAGCCUUCAGCCGGACGUAACAGCGACGAGCGUGCCGGCCUGUUACGAGUAUCCUUUCGACCCGAAGCUGUCGAUGUCGAGAUCCCUCUCCGAGCACCAUUACGACGUGCCCCACCUGUCGAUCGCCCCCCAACCGUCUCCAAUGUCGCCAACGCCAAGCACAUCGACCCAGGAAUCGUGCAGCGACAAGCAGAUCCAUUCAGAUUGCGAGAACAGCGUCACUAGCUCCUACCCGUCCUCCGACUCGACUUACAACGUCGCCUCGGAGAGCGUCCGUCUGCCGAAGCUCGAGACCGGAAACGUCGCCGGGGCGGCGGUGAACACGCGUGGCGCGCUUCUGGUUCUCCCGGAUGCGGGCAUAUCGAUGUCGGUGCCCGAGGGAGCCGUGCCGAAGCCGCUCAGGGAGGAGCUCUACCUGGCGGUGCUGAACGAGGAUCGGUUUAGGCCUCGAUUACCCGACGGUAUCACGCAACUGUCCGCGGUGGUUACGUGCGGCCCCUCGUCGGCGACCUUCAACAAGCCUGUGAUCCUACAAUUCGAGCACUGCGCGAUGCUUCACCCGGCCACGUGGGAGCUCAGCGUCUGGGCCUGCGAUGGGCUGAGCGUCGAGGAUGGGACGGCGGUCGCCUCCUCCAAGGAUCAUCAAUCGAUCACGUGGAGCAGGGUGUUAACAUUGGGUAACGAGACGAUCAACACGCCGUUGUUCACCCAGCUGGACCACGCGGAGGCGUUCAUCGUGACGGAACAGUUGAGGGGUUACGUGUUGGCCGGUCAGAGUUGCGAGAACGUGAUCGCCACCAAGAGACUGCGAGUGGCGUUGUUCGCCAGCCAGGCUGGCCAAUGUUGCGUCCGGGUUUACGCGGUGGAGGACACGAAGGCAGCCAUGAAGGCGAUCGUCGACAGGGAGUCGCAGAUCAGAGGUUACCUGUUGGACAAGCCGAGAACACUGCUGUUCCAAGACAACGGAGAGUCGCUCUGCGUCAGCCUCGAAGAGGUUGGCAACGAGUGGCAGAGCAAAUCGCCCACGGAACGGCAGGAGAUCUCGUUCAGGGACAUGUGGAACUGCCAGGAGAACACGAAGCACGUGACGUUCGGAUUGGACACAGCUUUCGGACCCACGAGCAGCAGAAGCUACAAGCUUCAGGUGUCGCAAGGGAACUCGGACACCAGGCAGGUGUUCAGGAUCGUGUACGACGGCGCCAAGCAAUUGAUCUCAUCCGGAAGCGUGACCAGACCGCUCAGAGAGGUGACCGUGGUCAGCAGCGGGCAUGCCAACAACGCGACCACAGAUUCCACCACCCUCAGACCGUUUCGGUUUACCAGGUCCCUGAGGAAACAGCUAUGCCAGUGCCUGGACCCGCCUAACGCUCUCGGCAACGACUGGAGGAUGCUCGCGCAAAGGCUUCAAGUCGACAGGUACAUCAAUUAUUUUGCAACCAAGUCCAGUCCCACGGAGCACAUCCUGGAUCUCUGGGAAGCGAAACACCACGAGCCAACAGCUGUGACCGAUCUCCUGAAUCAUCUUCGAGUAAUGGGCAGAACCGAUGCCGCCACGAUCCUCGAGGCCCAAUUGGGCCCGUGGCUCUGAACGAGCGGAACCCAGCCGCCAUGUGACGUUUCCUGUGGUGAGUGAAAGUCGUACGGAACGAACGAGUCGAGUGUACGAAAAGGAAAUAGUGGUGAACCGAACGUUUGUUUCGACGCGGGGAACCCGGACGUUCCUCUUCGGACGAACUGAUCGAAACACUGCCUUAAUUUGCGCGGGGCAUUAUCCCGCUCGCUCCCCCUCUGUACAUAAAAAUUUCCUUUCUUUUCCUUUUUUAUUUCGCUCCCUCUUUCUUGUAAGAUGAACGUUGUUCGAGGCGACAUUGUCGAGAUCUCUAUUGAGGAGAUCGUAUUGUAAUAAUCGUGAAACGAAGUAAACACUAGAGACUGUGCAUUUAGAUGAUUAUAUAUGUGUAAAUACGUGCUAAGGACUGGCGGAAGAGAUACAAAUGGAUAUAUCCAUUUAGACGGAUGUUUAUAUAAAUAUAAAUAUAUAAAUAAAUAAAUAUAUAUAUAUAUAUAUACAUAGUUAAAUAAAGAACAUCGAGCAAGGAACGAACAAACGAAAACGAAGAAUAUUGUUCCAUACGCGAUACAAAAGCUACGAAUAAGAUAGCGGAAAAAAAAAAUAUAUAUAUAUAUAUAUAUAUAUAAAAUGGUAAGAAGAGAAAAGGAAGAUGUUUUUAUCGAUUUGUUAUACAUAUACGGAUGCACGAGCAUACACGCGAGUGGCCACUGGUUUCCUGGAAGGAUGAUCGUGCCAAAAUUCUCACUCUCGGUUUCGAAACUCACGAACCCGUUUCCGUUAACGUUUGUAUUCAGAUGUUUGUUGAAAGAGAGAGAAAAAAAAACUAAAUAAAUAAAUAAUGAUGAGAAAAAAAAAUGUGGAGAAAGAAAAACGCGCCUGUGGUUUUUUUCGUGUGCACGUCGACAAUACACUGUCCCGUGCCCGUUACCCUCGACCAAGAACAGGAGGAGGGAUAACGCGUGAACACGGGGUGGAAGUUCGAUUCGCGUAGAACACCACUUCGAUUCGCGGUAAAAAUCGGAUGACUUUUUUUAAAUCGACGCAAGUUUAUUUGGAAGAAUUGUAUAUUUGUUACUUUCGACGAAUAAAAUAUUCUUGUAUACCUCGA